UCCAUCGGCCUCAUUAUGGAUGAGAACAAUGGCUCUGCAGAGAGUCCCCAGCUAAGCCAAGGACGGCACAAUGCCAUUAAGUGUGGGUGGCUGCGGAAGCAAGGAGGCUUUGUCAAGACUUGGCACACACGCUGGUUUGUUCUCAAGGGGGACCAGCUUUAUUAUUUCAAAGAUGAAGAUGAAACCAAACCCUUGGGUGCCAUUUUCCUGCCUGGAAACAGAGUAAUUGAGCAUCCUGGCAAUGAAGAAAGCCCAGGGAAGUUCCUCUUUGAAGUUAUUCCAGGAGGAGACCGAGAGCGGAUGACAGCUCAUCAUGAGACGUACCUUCUUAUGGCCAGCACACAGAAUGACAUGGAGGACUGGGUGAAAUCCAUUCGCAGGGUUAUAUGGGCACCUUUUGGAGGAGCUGCUGAUGGUUCCCGUUUGGCGUUUCUGCCACAUGCAGAGAGUGAGGCUAGGAAAGAGGGUUCCUCCCCUCUCCACCCACGAACAGGUAUCUUUGGACAGAAGCUGGAAGACACAGUCCGGUAUGAGAAGCGAUAUGGGAAUCGUCUGGCUCCCAUGUUGGUGGAGCAGUGUGUGGAUUUUAUCCGACUGCGGGGGCUGAAGGAGGAAGGGCUCUUUCGACUUCCGGGCCAGGCUAACCUUGUCAAAGAGUUACAGGAUGCAUUUGACUGUGGAGAGAAGCCAUCGUUUGACAGCAGUACGGAUGUGCACACGGUGGCAUCGCUUCUCAAACUGUAUCUAAGAGAACUCCCAGAACCGGUUAUCCCCUAUGCAAAAUAUGAGGAUUUUCUUUCCUGCGCCAAAUUGCUCAGCAAGGAAGAGGAAACGGGGGUGAAGGAAUUAGUGAAACAAGUAAAGAGUCUGCCACCUGUCAAUUACAAUCUACUGAAAUAUAUCUGUAGAUUCCUGGACGAAGUUCAGUCCUAUGCAGGUGUAAACAAAAUGAGUGUGCAAAACCUGGCUACUGUAUUUGGUCCCAACAUCCUGCGCCCAAAAGUGGAAGAUCCUCUCACCAUCAUGGAGGGUACUGCAGUAGUCCAGCAGCUGAUGUCAGUGAUGAUAAGUGAACAUGAACAGCUAUUUCCCAAGGACACAGACUUUCAGGCAGGGGAGGAGGUGUGUAAUAACAACAAUGAGAUCCAGAAGAAAAUGAUAAUUGGUCAGCUCCAGAAUAAAGAGACCAAUAACAACAAGGAGACAGCGGUGAGAAGCUGUUCUUGGGACACACCUGAGCCUCUCCAGAGGGCAAGCAUGGAUAAUGGGUCUCCCACAGUGCUGCCAGGGAGCAAGUCAAACAGUCCAAGGAACAGCAUUCACAAACCUGAUGUCACAAGAAGCCCACCUCUCAUGGUGAAAAAAAACCCAGCCUUUAAUAAAGGCAGUGGCAUAGUCACCAAUGGGUCCUUCAGCAGCUCUGUGGAGGGCCAUGAGAAAACCCAGACCUUACCAAAUGGUACCCUGCAGGCCAGGAGAACAUCAUCCCUGAAAGGUCCAGUUACUAAAAUGGGCACACACAGCAUGCAGAAUGGAGGCGUGCGAAUGGGCAUUUCAAGCACGGAUGCACACAGCAACUCCCUGAACAGCCGAAACCUGAGCUGGAUGCCCAAUGGGUACGUCACGUUGAGGGACAGUAAACAAAAGGAAUUGGUGAGUGAUUCGGGCCAGCAUAACAGACUCUCCACCUAUGACAAUGUCCACCAGCAGUUCUCCAUGGUGAAUUCGGAUGAUAAACAGAGCGUAGAUAGUGCCACCUGGUCCACAUCCUCUUGUGAAAUAUCCCUACCCGAACACUCCAACUCCUGUCGAUCGUCUACAACCACCUGCCCCGAGCAAGACUUUUAUGGGGGUAAUUUUGAAGACUCCGUGCUAGAUGGGCCACCACAUGAAGACCUCUCCAACCAAGGAGACUAUGAGAGUAAAACUGACCGAAGAAGCAUGGGAGGACGCAGCAGCCGGGCCACCAGCAGCAGCGAUAACAGUGAAACGUUUGUCGCAAACAACACGAGCAACCACAGUGCUCUGCACAGCCUAGUGUCCAGCUUAAAGCAGGAGAUGGCAAAACAGAAGGUGGAGUAUGAAACAAGGAUAAAGAGCUUGGAACAGAGAAACCUCACCCUUGAGACAGAAAUGAUGACCCUGCACGAUGAGCUGGACCAGGAAAGGAAGAAGUUUACAAUGGUAGAAAUCAAAAUGCGCAAUGCAGAGCGGGCCAAAGAAGAUGCAGAGAAGAGGAACGACAUGCUGCAAAAAGAGAUGGAGCAGUUUUUCUCAACAUUUGGAGAACUAACAGUGGAGCCUCGCAGGCCGGAGAGAGGCAACACCAUAUGGAUUCAGUGA